GACAGCUUUAUUUCUUUCCAGGUACUAGUGAACACUGCCUGCUGUUUUCUGAUGUUGGUUGCUAAGCUAAUCCAGUGUAUGGUGUUUGGUCCUCUUCGCGUCAGUGAGAGACAGCAUCUCAAGGAUAAAUUCUGGAAUUUCAUCUUCUACAAGUUCAUCUUCAUUUUUGGUGUGCUCAAUGUUCAGACAGUGGAAGAAGUGGUGAUGUGGUGCCUCUGGUUCUCUGGACUUGUGUUUCUUCAUCUUAUGGUUCAGCUCUGCAAGGAUCGUUUCGAAUAUCUUUCCUUUUCUCCUACCACGCCCAUGAGCAGUCACAUCAGAGUGCUGACCCUGCUCAUCGCCAUGCUCCUCUCCUGCUGUGGAUUAGCAGUUGUCUGUGGUAUUGUCGGCUACACCCACGGCAUGCACACAUUGGCGUUCAUGGCAGCAGAGUCACUGCUUGUGACCGUCAGAACUGCUCAUGUGAUUUUGCGAUACAUAAUUCAUCUCUGGGAUCUCAACCAUGAAGGAACGUGGGAGGGCAAAGGCACUUACGUCUACUACACAGAUUUUAUCAUGGAGCUAACCUUGCUUUCGCUGGACUUGAUGCAUCAUAUUCAUAUGCUGCUGUUUGGCAAUAUCUGGUUGUCAAUGGCGAGCCUGGUGAUUUUUAUGCAGCUGCGUUACCUGUUUCACGAAGUUCAACGAAGAAUUCGGCGGCACAAGAACUACCUCCGUGUGGUUGGAAACAUGGAAGCCAGGUUUGCAGUUGCAACACCAGAGGAGCUAGCAGUCAAUAACGAUGACUGUGCCAUUUGCUGGGACUCCAUGCAGUCCGCACGGAAACUCCCUUGCGGCCAUCUCUUCCACAACUCAUGCCUGCGGUCCUGGCUGGAACAAGAUACAUCUUGCCCCACCUGCAGAAUGUCUCUUAAUAUCACUGACAGCCAUCACGUGAGGGAGGAUCACCAAAGGGAAAACCUGGAUGAGAACCUGGUUCCCGUGGCAGUAGCAGAAGGCAGACCACGCUUGAACCAGCACAAUCACUUCUUCCACUUCGAUGGCUCUCGCAUUGCCAGCUGGCUGCCCAGUUUUUCAGUAGAAGUGAUGCAUACUACAAACAUCCUCGGUAUCACACAAGCCAGCAACUCCCAGCUUAAUGCUAUGGCCCAUCAGAUUCAGGAGAUGUUCCCUCAGGUUCCUUAUCAUUUAGUUCUACAGGAUCUGCAGCUAACCCGGUCCGUAGAGAUCACCACUGACAACAUCUUAGAAGGACGCAUCCAGGUACCUUUCCCCACACAGCGUGCGGAUAGCAUUAGACCUGCAUCGAACAGCUCUGUCGAACGGCAUAGUACGGAUCAGGAGGAUACUGAAACUGCCACCCAGACUGAGAGAGUGCCGCUUGAACUCAACUCAAGACUGGAAGACAUGGUGGAAUUCAGUGAAAUGGACACGGAGCCUAGUGAAGCCGAAGAUUUUGAGGCCAGGGGAAGUCGCUUUUCAAAGUCAGCUGAUGAAAGGCAGCGUAUGUUGGUUCAGCGGAAGGAGGACUUGUUGCAGCAAGCUCGAAAGCGUUAUUUAAACAAAACCUCCGAUGAGGAGCUGACCCCCGAGAAGCCCUCUCCUCCACCCGAGGGAGCGUCCGCCGAUCCCGUCACCCUGCGUCGCAGGACGCUGGCUGCCGCCGCCGAACGGAGACUUCAGAUGCAGCAAAACUCUUAGCGCUCGUUGCCCCUCCUGCCUCCUCCUCGUGAGCAAUGUUGAAUAAAUAAAUUAAAUACAAA